GAUUCCAGCCGAUGUGCUCGACUGUCGCUCGUAUACGAUUUGUGCUUGCUUGGGAUUUAAUUAUUCGUAUGUUUGUGAAUUAAAACAAGUGUUUUAUGAGUUUUGUUGAAUUAAUGUCAACACAAAUAAUUCCGUAUUAUCCUACUGCAGCUUCCGAGUAGGCAUUACGUGAAAUUUCAGUGAUAAAUGGCGUAUUUUUUGGAUUACAUGGAGGGUAUUCGUGUUUAUAAAUAUUGAUUUGUUGCACAUCGUGUUUUCUACCGUUUCUAUUGUGCCUUGAAACGUGAAGUGAAAUGUAGGUAACCUUAAAACGCAUCAAAUACAAGAUACGAAAAUGCAUCAGUCCGUAUUUCGCGGUACAGCGUCUGCGUAUGUGAUGGAUUUAGUUGUUUGAUUCGUGUUGUGUUUAGUGUUUAUUUGACAAUGGAGGGGACUACGGAGAAGGAUUGCUCCCCAUUAUGGAGCCUUUAUCAGCAGAUCGUCUCGGAUAUGAAGAAUAGCGCUCCGAUGUGGGAAGAGUUCAUAUCGAAGGCCACAAAACUACAUUCAGCUUUGAAGUCGGCGCUAGUCGCGAUAGCGGCUUUCCUGGAUGCCUUCCAAAAGAUCGCAGACGCCGCCACCAAUGCCAGAGGAGCAACCAAAGAGAUCGGCACAGCUCUGACCAGAGUGUGUCUUCGACAUCGAGCGAUCGAAACAAGAAUGAAGACCUUUAUCAGCGCCCUAAUGGACACGCUCAUCACACCGCUGUCUGAACGAGCGGACGAAUGGCGUCGAGGUGGCUGCGCUACAGGAGUCCUGGGUCGGGAGCACGCGAGGGAAUGCAAGCGUGCCCGGGCCGAGCUGAGGAGGCGAGUGCACGAGGCGCAGAGACACGCUAGGAAGGCGAGGAGGGCGCCGCCUGAUGCGAAGAAGAAGGCUGAUGUGAGCUUACAGGAUAUACAAGAGCGAAGGGAGCAGCUGGAGGAGAUGGAAGAGAAAGCAGUGAAAGCGGCAUUGAUCGAGGAACGCAGCCGCUUCUGCCAUUUCGUGUCUUUGCUCAACCCUGUGGUGGAGUCUGAAGUGGCAAUGCUAGCGGAGGUAGGCCACCUUCAGGAAGGGUCGGAACAGCUGAUUCGACACAUCGCGGAACCUAGGACCCUGCCGGCCGCUAGUUUACAGGUGAUCUGCGACAUAAAGUCCAGCUUGGCGGGCUGGGAGACCAGCUCCGCGCCGCAGUCUCCGACCGCGUCUCGUCUCGGCAGCAGGAAGUCUUCCUUCUCCUCCAUCUGCAGCGCUGGACUACAUGACGACUCUGCGGCGCCGGCGAGCUGCGCGUCGCCGCCGUCACCCGCCCCCGUCACGCAGUCAUCGUUUCGCUUCCCGAGCGUGAGCAGCGCGGAUUCGGGGUUCCGAUCUCAAGACGCUUUGCAGAGGCGUUCGCUCUACGUUGAAAAUGGUGGUGACAGCCAGAGCGUGAGCAGCGAACGUCUGCCACUCGACGACCGCAGCCCCGACACCAUCGCCAAUGCUGCCUCAGCGACGUGGCCGGACCUGAAGGACACGGCGCAGUUCGAGCGCGCCGCGUCCGCUAUCAUGGGCGGACGACACACUAUUUCUGCCGCCUACGAGCGUGGUCACCCUCGCCCGGCGCUAAGUGUCCACACGUUCGACUCAGAGUCUCGUGACAGUUCUACUAUUUAUGCCAGACCUCCACUACCUACAAGAUGUUCGUCGCUGGAGCGGCCGCCGGCGCCGGCGCGCGCGGCCGAGUUCAAGCCCAGCAAGCCUUGCUCACUGCCGCCACACCUCACUAAAGAGAUGCCGCAAGCUCUGUACGUGAACAUGUCUGAGCUGGCGACACUAGCGGCCUCUAGGGCGCAGCAACAACAACAGCAUUCCGAACACCCGCAACAGGAAAAGGUUUGUUCAGAAAGCAGCGCCAGUGAAUCGUCAUUGGAGUCCUCGAGUGGUUAUGGAAGCCAAGGUGCCUUCGCGGCUGAAGACCACGCGCUCCAACAUCAAGUCCAACAUCCCGAUGUCGAGUCCGAGAUAGUGACACUGAGGCGAGAUAGCGACGCCUCAGUGGCGGCCGCUCGGGAGAACUUCUCCAUCUCCCUCGGGAGCCUAGAGGAAGCCGUCAGGUCUUUGGAUGAGGCGUGCGAGACCCCUCCUUUCGCAACGGUGGGUAAAAAGCCCGCCGUGCCUAAGAGAAGGCCCGUUUCGAUGACCGCGACAGUAUGGUCACGGCGUGGCUCCUCCAGUUCGCUGGGCAAGCCCCCGCCCCCAGUCAGAAGGUCGUCCUCCAUAUCACGGCCGCAUAGACAGCUGUAUUCGCCUGUGAGUGAGGGUAACCCGCAGAGCCCACAAGCGGGUGCCACAGACGCGGACAAUUUACCGCCGCCGCCGGCGUUUUUAUUACAGCCUGAAAAUGACAGCUCAGGUCACCAAAGCACAGUAGCCGAAACAGUAAAACAACUAACGGAAUUGAAACACAUGCCAGCUUCACCCGGCCUCGUCCGCCGGAGUUUACAGCAGCUUCAAAACGCCAGCCCAUCCCCAACGGCGAACCAUGCACUGAGCACUUUUCAGCAGGCGAAGAUAAACUUCUCAUCAAACACGAGUCUCAAUAACACGGGAAAUCUGAAUCCAAUUUACGGACAGACGGGACAUAGGAUUAUGGCGUACGUGGAGAAUUCUAUGUACGUGAGGAAGAAUAGUCUGAACAGUUCCAAUUCGGAUUUAUUCAAGGAUGGUAAUUCAGCGGGCUCUCCCCACGGCUCAAGUCCGUCCACGCCGAGCUACGGAGAGAACAAUUCCUUCAGUAGCUUUGGGCCCAGGGCCUCCAAUGAGAGCCAUUACGGACAGACUGGAUUGAAGCUGCAACAAGAAAAGAAAUACGGACAGAGCAACACAAUCUACGCCCAGCCGUCUCAGAUCAUAGCCGGCUUCAACAACAUGAGGCACGACACCCUCAGCCCGCUCGCCUUGAGGAGGAACCUCGCUGCGCGGUCGCACAGCGCGGACAGACAUGCCGACCAGGGCGGUCUGAUCGCGAGUCUGAGCGCGAAACUAGCGCCACAGUUGUCACCCCGCACCACCAGGCGAGCGAUAUCCACUAUCACGGCGGCUGAUUCGCCGCCAAAGAAUAAAGGUUCCCUGCCGGCCGCAGUGCAGCCAGCGUUCUUGGACAAGUUAUCGGCCACGAUACAGCAACAAAGGCGACAGCUGGACUCGUCCAGCACUCGAGCCAAUAACGUUCGGGAUAUGAUCAACGCUACGUCGCAGCCGGAUCCCCGCGUGUGCCACACGUCCCUCAUGGAACAGAUAAAGCGCGGCGCGACGUUGCGUCGCAACAAACACUGCAACGACCGAUCUGCACCCAAAAUACGUUAAAAUACAAUAAUACAUGUUAUUCAUACGUUUCACUUGUUAGAUGUACUGUCAUUCCAUUCGUCUGGAUUGUAUUUUUUUUUUCAUUAAAAAAAUAAAACCUACUUUAGUGUAUGUUUCAAAUUAAGUCUGAUAUUCAGCUAAAUGCGACCUUUUCGUUUGGAUAAAGACGUGAUACUGUAUUCAGAGCGAGGCAAAUUUUCAACUGAAGUAGGUUUUAAGUUUUUUUAUGAAUUAAAAUGGAAGUGAAAAUCUUGUCCGGUAAUAUAAUAAUAGUAUAGAUGCUAUGUAAAAAAAAUAUUUCACGAGUGUCAUUUCAUCAGAUGAAAUGGCGUUUUUUCUACUAAAAAUCAGGUAGGGUCAUAUCGAUUGAACAUGCUUUUGAUUUUCUUUUUCUUCUUAAGAAAAACUUUACAAUAAAUAAGGGGUACAGUUUUUUCGCCCACUAGUUAGCGCUACUGUCGAGUGAGGUCCUGUUAACUGUGAUGCCAUCAGAAACACGCUGUAUAACCCCAAGUCUCGCAGCUCACUUUUACUACCGUAAAAAGUUGCUGAGAUCCAUGUUACCAAGUCGAUUAAUUUAUUUAUUAAAACUGAUAUGAUAAUAACUUGCGUAAUAACUUAAGACAGAAGGUCCCUUAAGUAGGGACUAAAUAAAUUAAUCGACUUGGUAACAUUGAGUGAGUGAGUGACAAAAUCAAGAAACUUUAACAACUUAAAAUUCUUAAACUACUGAUUCAAAUUGAAUGAAAUACCUGCUUAGUUACUGAAAAUGCAGGCUUCCUCUUUUAUCCACAACGAAGUUAUUGGGGUUCUAAAUUGACCUGAAUUGCUUCGAGAAAAGGAUGGUAAGAUAAUUAAAAGAUGUGCACACGUGCUCAACACAGACGAUCAAACUUACUAUGGACAUGAACCUCACUCGACACUGACGCCUCUAGCGGAGAAUUUCGCAUUACCCUUCAUUAGGUACAGUCAACAAACAGUACAUCAAGUUACCCUGCAUAAACCUCUAUGGCGCGGUAAUAGCGGCGAGUUUGCAAUGAAUUUGUGUAGGUUGACGUGGCUGUUGACUGUGCGUUGGAAAAGACAAAGUAUGUACUUUCGAUUCGCGUGAUAUCGAGUCCAAUUUGCAGUGUGUGAUUUUAAAAUGGAAGACAAUUUAAGAAAAUCGUGCUAAAAAUACAUUGAGAAUAUUUUUAUGAUGUUUUACCACCUGGACACAGUACUAAUAAAGACAUUUUUGUACAUUUACAGCAUGAACAUUGUCUUUUCAACUCUGUUUGCGAAUGGUGUUGUUGCCUAUCAGCUUCUGUUUAUAUCGCUUAAUCACCUUGUACGACAUCUACGAAAAGAUGUGAUGAAGACGUGUGAGUAGUUCUAUCUAUCGCGGGAAUCACAUGCCACAAAUGACAAUAAGUCAUUGUACACUUAGUUGGCAAAUAAAUGAAUAUUUUAAAGUCAGUCAUUUAUUCAGAAAUCAGUAGACCUUGACUUAUAUUCUAAGUUAAAUGAUAUUUACAAGUUGUUCGCCGUGAACUUAGACCUCGCGAACACAAUAAAUUUUAACAAAAUGACUAAACCGAUUUCGAUGUCCCACGAACUCAAAAAUUCUAUUGGCAUAUCCGACAUACCUUUUAAAUUUUUAAUAUUUUUGCCCCAAGUAGAAUGUUAGAACCUCGCUCGCUUCGCUCGUUCGGUUAAUUAAAGGUACAAACUAAUCGGAUAGUAACAGGGCAUCAUUGUGUUUCACCUAGAAUAUUAUCUAGUGCAUAAUCCACAGGCGAUCUGUAUAUACAUAUAAACAAAAAUACUAAUAUUUUUUAUUAGUAUUUCUAUUAGUAUAUGUGUAUAUAUAUGUAUAUACACAUAUACUAAUAGAAAUAUUAUAGUAUAUUGACCUGUAUAGGUCAUAUUGGAAGUCCCAGAGAAGAUUCAACUUUCAUACAUUGUCAAUAAGAAUGACGUUAUGUACUACCGUUAGUGACGCGUGCGAACAUCGUUUUCCUCAAAGCUCAUUUACCUUGAGAUGUUAGCUAGGAUGACAAAUGAAUAUUAAUGUGUAAAAACUAACAAAACGGUUUUAUUAAAAUAAGAUUUUAAAUUAUAUCUAAUGUUAAACGCUGGCUAUAUAUAUUAUCCGCCCAGAAUAUACUGCUAUAGAAUAGGAAAUAUCACUUUAGCUCGUGACGUCUAAAAAUUGAAGGAUAAUGCGUUUACUAAAUGACAUCAGAUAUCGAUUGAAAAAAAAAAUUAUGCAUGACCGCCCAGAGAAUACAGCUAUACACAAUUAUAGUGUAUUUAGUAUAUUUAUCAGUGAAAGUAAUAAUUUUAGAAAUUUUAAGUAUUUCCCAAGAUAUAACAAAAAACUAUUCACAUUUUUCGUGCGAUUUUUGGACUUACCAAAACGCUCCAUACUAAAUGUACCUUCUUUUGAUGUAAUCGGCAAGAAAAUUAACUUUCUCAUAAAGUUUUAUCGCUAAUAACUGAUAAAUAAUUCAAGCUGUAAAGUGUCAAAUUGCGUUUAAUUAUACAUAUUCUAACAUAUUUUUCUCAAUUCAAAUACCUUGACCGGUCCACUAUAGUAUCGACAAAAUCAACAUUAAAAUGGAAAAAAUAUAAUUCAUUUUAUGUACAAUCCUUGUCGAUAGCUAUACAAUUUCUGACGUUUCAAAAUGACAACAAUCUCGCGCUGACAAUUGAAUGAAUCACUACCGCGUAAAAUAGUGACGACAUAGGCGUCAUACCGCAGAUAUGUCAUAGUGUACAAAGCUUAUAAUGUCAUAAUGUGUGGGCGAUAAGAAGCGGAAAACAAUGUAGCAUAUCGCGUAAUAUGGGCUUUUUGAAUGCAAUUCUUUAAUCUCUAACAUGUAUGAUUGAAGGCGGUAAUAUAAAUGCCAGUAUUGUGCACACUUGUAUGCAGCUACUGGCUUGUGCCUGUUAUAAUUAUUGGCGUGCCAACUGGCACGCCUGAAGCUGGCAUGCAACAUAGAUUUAUUAUUUAGUUCUAUCUCUAAUAUUUACUGUUGAUUGUAAAUACAGCGGUAGCGAUAGCUAUUUAGGCUAUUGUUUAAAAUAAGAAACUUUCUUGGAAAUGAAAUCAGUUCAUUGUGUGUAAUAAAUCAAAAUAUUAGCAAAUUAAAAUGCUGGUUUGCAAUUAAUAAGAUUUUGCGCAUCGCAAUAUGUAGGUUUUUUUUAUUGAAAAAUGCAUUGAAAACACCUUAAAAACAUAAUCAAUACGCGAUCCUUCGCACGUUAUUUGUAUUUUUUGUUGAAUGGCUCUUAAGGAUUUAAUGGAAAGUAUGUCAUAAUGCUUAUCAGAGCAAAAUAAUUAUGAGCGUCAAUAUGAUCAGGAAAAAUAACCGUAAAAGUUGAUAUUAUAUUUCAGAACGAAUUGAGGAAAAAGGAAAGCGUUUCACUGCGUAUUACAAAAAUGUACCUAAUGUAAAUGUCUCUUCUUCUUCAUAGUCGUAUUCCUCAUGGCUGAGGGUCGUGGUCAUUACGUGGAAUGAAACACACACACAACAACUUUCUUGGCAUUAUUAAUGGAGUGGUUUGCCAUUGCCUUCUCCAUUUCACACACAAGUUAAUAAGAAUCAACCAGUAUGCAAGUUUCCUCACGAUGUUUUCCUUCACCGGAAGCAAGUGAUGGUCGAUGAAAAUUACUAUAUAUGAGUCAUAUUUGUAUACAAACUCAUGUGGUACGAGUAGGAUUCGAACCUGGGACCUUUCGAUCCACAGGCGGGCGGGCAGGCGGCCACCACCCCUUCUAUAAUGUAAUGUAAUGUAAAUUCUAUAAUGUAAUUAAUGUAAUGUAAAUAUCUCAAAUAAAUCUCAAAGUUCAUAUUGUACGAAUUGAGAUUGUAACUUGUAAAUCGAGCAAAAGACAAAAAUAUUUUAUUAGUAGCUUCGCGCUGAGUCUUUCUGUAGAAAACAUUUUACGUUUAAAUAAUAAAUAAAUAACUUCCAAAUUAUUAAAAAAUAUACACUACUUGUAUGUUCAAUUAGUUAGACGUUUGUAUAAUUUCGUUUGUAUAUUUUUUUAUAUUUGUGAAAAACUGCUUUAAAAACAGAUUUUAGACUACUUAUAUAGAAGAGUGCAUUUAAGAUGAUGCGCUCUCAGAUAAACCAAUAGGAAAACCGUUGCCGGGAAAUCCUCAUUCUUAAUACGUCAUUUGAAAUGAAUGAACUAAAUUGUUUAUAUAUUUAUUUGAAGUAUUUACGAUUGGUAGGUUCUUAUAUACUCAACAUCAGGUAUUAAACGCGCACAUACCUUUUUCCCAGAAGUUUCGGACCUUGUUACAAAGGUAGGUGGUAUGUUCUUGGCGAUAAAACUUGUUUAUUCUAUUAUUUAUUGGUUAUUCCAAUACUUUUCCAAGUCAUUUAAAACAUAAAUAAUUUAGUAGUCAAAAUUACGUACUGAGUCUCUAUAUUUACUACUUUACUAAGUUAAAGCAUACUUUAACCUAAAGUAUAUUUUGUCCUUAUCACACUUAAUAAUAUUUGACAUAGAGAUAAAAUAUGCUAUGGCUUAAAGUAUGGUUUAACUUUUUUACGAAUAACAUGGUUAGUAUAUAAUUUGUGACUGCUAGUAUAUAACUGUAAUAUGUGACAUUCCGCGAGAAAAGAUACUUUAUGGAGGAAAGCUUGCUCAUUUUUAGAUGCGCAUAAUUUGUCGGACUGCUUUUCAUAAGGUACCUUUUCUGGUGACAUGGAAUGUCAAUGCAUAAUAUCUAGUAUACGUGUCCAAGUGGUAAACUGUUUAAAAAGUGUUUAAAGUAAAAAUGUUCAAAGGAAUGUAAAGAUUUUCUCAGACUGGUGUUUGAUAUAAAUGUUUAUCUAUUGAAUUGACUGUUACACACCAUUUUUAUACUAUUUAACUUUCUAAGCUAUUGAAGUGUUUGUAAUUAAAAUUUUUCUCAAUGGUAAAGCAAAAAUAUACUGCUUGUACGCAAAUAUAUUUAGUUAUGAUAAUACUUACAAUUUGAUAAUACAACAGACUUUGUAUUUGUGGUGUAAAGUUCAAAUUUAUUUUGACUUGCUUUUGCUGGAUAGUGAAAGAGAUACAAAAUAAGUUGUAGGUAUUGUUGUUCUGUUUUGAAAAUGAACUUUCCAACUAACUUUAAAUCUUCAUAUAAUGAUCCAGCCUCAUUGUUGCACUCCAUGAAUUAUCAUAGAGUCCUAGAAACAUAUAUCUAGAUUAUACAUAUAUUUUACAAUUCUAUGACCUUGGCAACUACCCUAUCAUAUCACAUUUUUAAAUAUUCAAGUGUAUUUGCGUGUUGCAGUAUUAUAGCAAUUGCCAAAAAAUCUGUCAUAACGAUACAUUUAUAAUUAAAUUUUUGAUGAGAAACAAAUAAAUAGCUUUUUAUAUUCCACAGGGUUAUUUGAAAAUGAGCAAAUAUACUUAAAUAGUUUUGUAUUUCAAAUACAAAAAUUCAACUUAGAAUGAUAUACAUUAUUUAUUCUAUGAUUAGAUCUUUAACAUUAUAAAGAACAAUGUUUUGGCAGGUUGUUGAUGUUUACAAGUAACCCUGUAUUUGGUACUUAGUGCAAGCUUUGAAUCUUCUCAACGUAUUGUCAAAAAUACAUUUUUUUAAGUAUCUUGUCUAACUUAAGUCUAAAAAAUCAUAUGUCAUAAAAAUGAGUUCUACUUUUUUUGGAUGCAAUAUUUGUUUAGUUAGAUGAAUAAGUAAUCUAACUAAACAAAUAUUGCAUCCAAAAAAAGUAUUUUUUGAAAGAAAGCAUGUGGUUUAUAUGGAUUUUUAGUUAAUGGAUAUGAAGCGAUGAGAUUUUUGAAACAUACCUAUAUCAAUUUCACAUAUCUCUUCAAAAAUACUAUUGUGAUUCUAUCUUGUUGUAGCUGCCGUAUGUAUACCGCUCUCGUUUCGUCCCCAGAUAUACCUAACUGUUUAAUAUAACUAGAACAUUACACUGCAUCCUCAAAUGUUUAUAUAAUAUAUAUAUUUUAAAUAAAUAUAGCAUUUUUAUAGGCAUAUCGGUUUGUAACAGUGUUAGUAGAUUUAGAUGUAGUUAGGUAAAGGAGAGGCUACACUUAAUUUAAUUAUUUUUAAUACGCAAGCCGACUAAAUAUAAUAUAUAUUUAAAUGUUUAAAUAUGUAUGUAGAUACGCUCGUUCCUCUAAUAUUUUUAACUUAUGCGAGUUUAAUUUAGGACACAAUGAACAUAGCUAGGUUUCGGGAGUAAUUACUAUUUGCCGAAAUGUUGACUUAUGUUCUGUGUAUUAUGUGGUUUCAGUUAUUCUGUUUGUCCUAACGAGCUGUACUGAUAGAAUAAACUAAUGUAGUAUAAGUGUGUUUAUAAUAUAUAGCUGUGUAGGGUAGCUGUUCUUAACAUGUCCGUUUAAAAUUGUAUUGACUUACGUCCGUAUUAAAUGUGCUCUUGGCAAAACUGUCCCCGCUUAUUCGUGUUGUGGGAAUUAUAUUAGAGUGUUAACAAAAUAUGAUUUAAAUACUACAUCUAAAGUUUCUUAUUUCUAAUAACAUUAUUGUAUGAAUGAGAGAAAAAGUUUUGAGUGGAUAAAGUAACAACAAAAAGUUACUUGUCUGUGUAAUCUGCUAUUUUCGUUAGGUCUUAGUAUAUUUUUUAAUUAUAGUAUUUUUCUAUAAACGAAAUCAUAAAACAAUUGACUGAGGAAGGGAGAUUCUCUUUUAAGGAAAUAUUAAAAGAAGAAACAAUUACGAAAGUAUAAUAUUUGUAUGACUAAGAAACUAACACACUGUUACUCAUCCACUUGGCCAAUUAAAUAAUGUUUCAUUCGUAAUAAAAAUAUGUCCGUAGUUUUAGAUUUGGUGAUUAAUGUUGAAAAAUACUAUGCCAUUACGACAUAGAUGAAAAUGCCUUCUAUUGAGACUAUUGAGAUCCAAUAAUGGAGUUAAAAUUAAAGAGAAUCAUAACCAACAAUGAAAAAGGAUCCUAAUAACAACAUCGUCAAAGAGAAGUGAUUUUUAUGUUUAAAUAUGAUUACAUUUGUAUGAGUUUCAUAUUGCAUAUAUGUAUACACCAAUAAUAUUCCGAACCGCAAAUAUAAUAUCUGAAAUGAUGAGGAAGGACGUCAUUCUUGCUAUCAAAUUAUCAAAUAUGAUUGUUGUCUCUUUCUUGCUAUUACGUAAGAUGAAAGAGAUAUAAUAAUAUUCAAAGAAUCCGAUGGGUGGUGUCCUAACGCACGAAUGUUAAUAUCCAUUCGAAGUGAACAUUCUAUUUUUGAAUUAACAUUAUAAUUCCCACAACCCGGUCCAUCCUAGUGACUUCCAUUACUGUCUGUCAUUAAUCAAAUGUAUAAUUAAGGAGAUUGCGUAUAAUUGGUGAAAAUAAAUGAUUAUUAUGUCCCAAA